UAUUUUUAGGCAAAAAGCUUUUGCCAUAUCUGAUCUUCAAAGAUGGAUUCAGACACCGGUUCCACCUGCAGUCGUUCCUCAACCCCGGAUCUUGCCAUGGACUCAGCUGUCGGUGGCUUCUUUUCUGAAAAGAUGUUCCAGGCCUACUGUGGAGACGAAGCUGGGCCCAUUCGGCCAGGACGUCCCAGAGCAGAAGGACCUCAGGCCGCCUCAAGCAAGAAUCGGAACCGUGGUGAGCUCUCCAAGGAAAACCUGCAGGAGCUGAGACUCAAGGUGAACAGCCGCGAGCGCAAGCGCAUGCACGACUUGAACCAAGCCAUGGAUGGGCUCAGGGAGGUGAUGCCCUAUGCUCAGGGCCCUUCUGUGCGCAAGCUGUCCAAGAUCUCCACCCUCCUGUUGGCCCGCAACUACAUCCUCAUGCUGUCCAGCUCACUGGAGGAGAUGAAGAAACUGGUGGGGGAUGUGUAUGGGGCAUCCCAGAGCCAUCCAGCCAGGCCGGUGGUGCCCCAGCUCCCCCAGAUGCCCUUGCACCCACUGGCACAGUCCCUACACUCUCUGGUGGGAAACGGGACAGCAGGCGGCCCAUCAGCAACUCAAGCCCCCCGUUCCCCUCCAUCCGCAGGAUACCUGGGUUUCCAUGCACCUCCACCACUGCCUUGCCUGCUGAAGGACCCACUACAUUUGACAAGUUCUUACCGCCACUUUCCCGGCAUGCCUUGCCCUUGUUCACUCUGCCAGCCACUGCCAGCAACCACAGCGGCCAGCCUACACAGCCUGUCCAUGGGCAAGUGA